AUGGACGGCCGCUCAAAAAUUCCCUAUUUGCCUGCAGAUAUUAUCAACUCGAUCUUAUUACAGCUUCCUGUGAAAUCUCUUUCACGAUUCAAAAGUUGUUGUAAAUCAUGGCAUUGUUGUAUCGAUGAUGCCGACUUCAUCAAGUCACAUCUACGUAACUCAUCUGUUGAUAUUAGUCGUCAAAAAUUUGUCUUGGUUCAUUUGAAACCAUCUCCAAGUACAUACAAAUUUGAAAUUGUGUCAACGGAAGCAUCGAUUAAUGCUGAUUCAAAAUACCUACACAGUAAUCAAGUUUCACUAAACAGUGUCAUUCACAGGAUGUCACACAACAGGGAAGUUAUAUCAUUCCAUCUAGUAGACGAAAAAUUUACUGUAACGGCAGUGCCAAAAGCAUGUGGGGAACAGCCAACGUUACAUGCAUUGGGGGAUGGCAUGUGCGUUUUCACAACGGUUGGCGAGGAAAGUUUGAUUUGGUCGCUGGAGAAAGAUAGGUGGAAUUGUAUCAACAAGUUUCAUACUUUACCCUCACUCAUUGGAAUGCCUAUAUGGCCAGAUGUUAAACCCUACACAGUAGGUCUCUUCCUAUUUGUUAAGGAGAAUGGGAACAUACUGUGGAGAAAUCAUGAUGGUCCUUUUAUUGAGUAUCAUGUGCGGAAAAAUGAAUAUACUGAGUUUCAGUCGAUACAAAUUCCGCCUUUGGUAUCAAGUAAGGCUUUGUACGUGGAAAGCUUAGUUUCUUUGAAGAUUCCGUGGGAUUGA